AUGUCAUGUGAUGAAAAUUUGGAGCCAUGUGGAUGGUGGGUGGAAGCUUCAGGUGAGGUACAUGCGUUCUCGGUCGAUCGAUCCGUUCGAUCGAUCAAGUUCGCGAUCGAGUGCAAGCUCACAGUCGAUCCAGUCUAUCAAAAUCAAGGAACAUUGACAAUGACACGGAGAAAGGGCAAUCUGCAGUCAGGUGACUUUGUCAAAGAAAGGGCAAAGGCCGGAAGGCAUGAAGUGAUUCUCAGACAUGACAGGGAGGAUGGAAAGAAGCAUCAAUGGAUUGUCGAAUUCACAAAUCUGGACGGGUCAAAGUCCGAAGAAAUGAAAGGAUCUCGUGCAUUGACUGCCAUAGAUCAAGUUGAAGCCAACAACAGCGGCGUCACGAACGAUGAAGACAAUGAACCUCCCGUGGUGGCCACAGCCAACGAUGACGAGCAACCCACCUCCGCCCCACCCACGACCCCUUGGCGACGACCACAACGCAAAGCAGCACUCAACCAUGCAGUGUGCCCCCCCACAGUCCAACGUGAGCCAUCCCCAACUCGCUCGUCUUCGCCUUCGUCGUCUGGACCAGACUUCGAUUGGAGCAACUAUCAACCACCUGCCAAUGAUGAAAGCAGUAACGACGGCUUUCCACAACCACCGGAUGAACUCUCCGAAGAGGAGCAGUCGACUCAAGAUGACUCCAACAACAACGAGCAACCAAUGCCUCAUCCAAAUCCCAAUCCAAAUGAGCUCGAGGAAGAUGUAGCCCUGGGAGAGGAGGAUCAUAUUAUGGAGACAGAGGAAGAAUUCAAGCUUCAAGAGCAACUGUAUCGUCGUGAGAAAGCAGAGCUCAUCGCGGAAGGCUGGACCGUGGAAAAGGAAACUGAAAAGGAUUUAUGA